AUGCCGAGAAUUCAUGGAAAGAUCAAGGACCUGUCACGCUUUGAUGCAAACUUCUUCAAUACGUACCCGAAGCAGGCUCAUGUGACCGAUCCACAGUUGCGGCUGCUACUGGAGACGUCGUACGAGGCGAUACUGGAUUCCGGUUACGACCCGGAGUCGUUUCGGAAGCGCAAAGUUGGUGUCUUUAUCGGGAACUCGGUCGCUGAGUCGGGCGAGGCAUUUAAGCUAGACACUGACAAAGGGGACGCUUAUACCAUUCUGGGAUGCCACAGGGCUAUGUUCUCCAACAGGAUUUCAUACUCUCUAGACCUUCAAGGACCCAGCAUGACUAUUGACACGGCCUGCUCGUCGACGAUGGCAGCCCUGACCGAAGCCCUGCUGUCGAUUCGAUCUGGAAGCUGCGAGGCAGCCAUCGUGGGAGGAGCCAGCAUAACCCUCGAUCCAUACUACAUGAAAAACUUCCAGGCAUUGGGCGUGCUCUCAAGUGACGGCAAGUGCAGGCCAUUUGAUAUAAGUGGUGAUGGCUACGUUCGAAGUGAAGCUGUCGGCGCAUUCUUUCUUCAGAAAUUCUCUGGGGCCCGGCGUGUAUAUGCCCGGGUGGUCAACGCCAACAUGAAUUCCGAUGGUUACAAGGAACUGGGUGUGCCGUUUCCUUCGUCUGUUGGGCAUGAGAAACUUCUACGUGACACAUACGCGGAGGCCAAUGUGGACCCUGCAAAAGUAGUUUAUGUCGAGGCGCAUGGCACUGGGACCAGGGUUGGCGGUACCCAGGAGUUGGAAGCCCUCAGCAACGUUCUGUGCACACCAGAGCGUGAGCGACCGCUCUUGAUUGGAUCUGUCAAAAGCAAUGUGGGACACGCCGAGAGCGCUUCCGAAGAGCCAACCAAUGUAAUCGCCUUGGCUAUCCUUACAGAUAUGUCUUAUGUCCGCUACACAGUAUCGAACCUGCAAGACAAGCCCCAACGCUGUGGCCUAGUGGUUAAGGUACUCGGCUGCUGA